AAAAGAAAAGAAAAAGAAAAGAAUGAAAAAAUUAGUAAAGAUAAAAGAAAAAGAGGCUAAUACUUUUGCAAUGAUAUCGAUACUUCUACCUUUCAAUUUUUUGCUCUUAUUCAUUAUGGAAACAAUUAUUAUACUCCAGUUGGUGGUGGUCACCAUUAGUUCAAACUUUCAAAAAGUUAUAUCUCCGUUGACCUCGAGUUUUUCCAUAAACAUAGUUUUUCGACCAAAAAAAUUAUGAUAAUAAAAAAAAAAUCAGUAGAAUACCGAGGACUUUUUUCCCCCACCUAAAACAUCAUUUCAUCUUAUAACCCUAUAACCAUAAUAUAUGGAAGGCACACAUGUUUAACUCGAUCUGUAACAUAGUAUAACAGUCGCUGUUUCAAUCUUGUUCUAUUCGUCGUUCUGUUAUUUCGAUAGUUCGUAGUCGACUAUUCCGCGAAUUAGAAAAUUUUUUCUUUUAGAAAAAGAAAACAAAUACACUGCUACAAUCUAAAGUAAUUUAUUUUUAAAUUAUUAAUUAUUUAUUAAUUGUUGAAAAAAGGAAACAAAAGAAAUAUUUAACGGAACGUUUGUAAUUUAACUUAUAAUACAUCGAAAACGAAUUUUGUUCGAAUGAACAGAAAUAUUAAAAAAAUGGAAUGUAAUCUUACUAAUGGUGUAAAAAAAAGGAAUUGAGUAAUAUUUCGAUAAGAAUUCUGUUUAUCGAAUAUGGGAUUCCUUCGACAAAAAACGGAAAAUCAAAAUUCUACAAGACAGACAUUCGCGACUAAUGUAACAUCUCAAGCUCAUCAUGUAUCAAGAGCAAAACGUGGCCAAGCUGUUGGUACUAUUCGCGGUUUUCGUGGAUGCACAAUAUGGAUGACUGGACUCUCUGGAGCUGGAAAAACUUCUAUAUCGUUCAAGCUAGAAGAAUUUCUUGUAUCCCAGGGUAUACCAGCUUAUGGUUUGGAUGGGGAUAAUGUACGGACUGGUUUAAAUCGGAAUUUAGGUUUUAGCAAAGAGGAUCGAGAAGAAAAUGUUAGACGAGUUGCUGAAGUAGCCAAAUUGUUUGCCGAUGCUGGUGUAAUUACUUUGUGUAGUUUCGUGUCACCUUUCGAAGAGGAUAGAAGAAUGGCUAGAAAAAUUCAUGAAAAUUCGGAAUUACCGUUUUUUGAGAUAUUCGUUGAUGCAUCAUUGAAAACUUGCGAGGCACGAGACGUUAAAGGUCUUUAUAAAAAAGCUAGAUCUGGUAUCAUCAAAGGUUUUACAGGGAUCGAUCAAAAAUAUGAAAUACCAAUGAAACCUGAUUUCGUUGUUAACACGGAAAAUUCAACGGUUGAGGAAUCUACUGCCAAAGUUAUUGAAUUUCUUGAAAAUCUUUCUAUUAUACCAAAGAUGUACGGAUUGGGAAGACCCGUUGAUGAAUUAUUUGUUCAUGAAUCGAUGAUCGAUGAUGUUAAAAAGGAAGCACAACAUUUACAAGCUAUUGAAAUCAACGAAAUCGAUUUACAAUGGAUUCAAGUUCUCGCUGAAGGAUGGGCAGCACCGCUUAAAGGAUUUAUGACGGAAAAACAAUAUUUGCAAGCUCAACAUUUUAAUUGCUUAAUGGAAAAUGGCGUUCAAAUAAAUCAGUCCAUUACAAUAGUUCUCGCUAUUAGUAGUAUCGACAAGGAACGCUGUGAGAACGUAAAAUCUAUAACCUUGAAAUACAAUAAAAAAAAUAUAGCUAUUCUUAGAAAUCCGGAAUUUUAUUUUCAUCGAAAGGAAGAACGUUGUUCGAGAGAAUUUGGCACAAAUGAUCUCGGUCAUCCUUAUGUCAAAAUGAUACACGAAUCAGGAGAUUGGUUAUUAGGUGGUGAACUGGAGGUAUUUGAAAGAAUACGAUGGAAUGAUGGUCUUGACCAAUAUAGAUUGACUCCUAAUGAGAUUAGAACUAAAUGUCGUCAAAUGGGUGCGGAUGCAGUAUUCGCUUUUCAGCUUCGAAAUCCUAUACAUGAUGGGCAUGCUCUUCUUAUGCAGGACACAAGAAAACGUUUGCUCGAACGUAAUUACCGUAAACCAGUCCUUCUUUUGCAUCCUUUGGGUGGUUGGACGAAAGAUGACGAUGUACCAUUGUCCGUUAGAAUAAAACAACACCAAGCUGUUCUCGAAGAUGGUAUUUUACACGAGGAUACUAUUUUAGCUAUAUUCCCUAGUCCCAUGUUAUAUGCAGGACCAACAGAAGUACAAUGGCAUGCCAAAGGUAGACUAAUCGCUGGUGCUAAUUUUUAUAUAGUUGGCAGAGAUCCUGCCGGUAUACCACAUCCAAAUAAAAAUUCUACACCCGAUGGUAAUUUAUAUGACAGUAGUCAUGGUGCUAAAGUACUUUCGAUGGCACCUGGCCUUCAAAAUCUUGAAAUUAUACCUUUCCGAGUAGCUGCUUACGAUAUAAAAGAACAAAAAAUGGCGUUUUACGAUCACGAAAGACAUAAUGAUUUUAUAUUUAUUUCUGGAACGAAAAUGAGAGCUUUGGCGAAAUCUGGCGAGAAUCCACCAGAAGGUUUUAUGACACCAAAAGCAUGGAAAAUUUUAUCAGAAUACUAUCAACGAAUAAGCAAUAAAUGAUACCUUCUCGAUCAACCGGAAGAUUAGAUUUAAUUAAGAUAAUAUUUUGUAGAUAUUUAUACUAUUCAAUAGCAUAAUACGAUCUUGCCACUAAAAAAUACAGUAUAAUUAUUUAUUUUCUAACGAAAGAUUUAAUGGAAAUGAAAUUCUAGAUUAACAAAGAACACUAUCCUUUUUUAAUGUAUAUUUAUAAUCAUUUAAAUCUAUAUUUUUAUAGGAAAACUAGAAACCAUUUUGUAAGAAUAAUCUUAUUGAUAAAGAAUGAAAACU